AUGACCACUUGUCCUCCAAUGCCCGGAGACCCUGUUGGUCGUAUUCCUUCCAUCACCAGACUAGACGGACGCAUGGGAUUGACACAACGGGAAACCCAGCCCGAUGUUCAAAUGGCUGAUCUCGAACUGUUUUACUUUGAUCAACCCGAUCCGAGAGACGCCUCCCUGGUUUUAAAUGAGCAAAGUAUCAACGAGCUCGGCUGCAGCGGCGGAAAGUGUCCUCAUCCCGGCGGAGGAGACGGUUCAGCACCCUGGACAGAGACCCGGAGAGCCGCGUGGUCGGAGGAGGAAACAGAAACAUCUUUCACCUGCAAGCACCGAGAGGAUGAGGAGGAUGACGAUGUCCAGCUGAUAGGGACAAGUCCACAAACAUGCAGACUGAGUCAGAGCUCCUCAAGUGAACUGUACGAGGAGGAGGAGGAAGAGGACAUCCCGGAACUUUACUUGCUGUCCGACGACGACCUCUCCUCUGACGGCUCGGGGAAGUCUGUGGAUUACGGCUUCAUCAUCGCGGUGACAUGCCUGGUGACUGGUAUCUCUUUGGUGGCCAUAUCCUACACGGUGCCCAGGGACGUCCGGGCGGACCCCGACAGCGUGUCCGCCCGGGAGAUGGAGCAGCUGGAGAGGGAGAAAGCCAGGGUGGGGGCCCAUCUGGACCGGUGUGUCAUAGCGGGACUGUGCCUGCUCACCCUCGGGGGCGUGCUGCUCUCCACCCUGCUCAUGAUCUCCAUGUGGAAAGGGGAGAUGAUGAGGAGGAAAGCCUUUGCCUAUUCCAAACACGCAGCAAAGUUGUACGGCUCGAUCAAUUUGAAAGCAGGCUCCAGCCCGACUCGGGAAUCCUGCUCACAUUUGUCAGUGGCUGAUGAGGAUUUAGAGGUGCUCAGCUGA